UCUCCAAACAGGAGCGAGUUCAAAAGAAUUGAAAGAGACUCUGGGGAUACGAGCCGCAGCGCAGAGUUUCGCUUUCGUUUCUGAGAAAUGGCAGAGCUGCCGCUAAAGGCGACGUGGGAGGAGCUUCGACUGGCGUAAUAAAAACCCAACUAUUUACCAGCAUUCACGCGCACAUACAGGCAGUCAGACGAGCUGACGGCUGGGAGUCACAGCUAAAGAGGAGGACAGAAAGACGCCGAGUCUGAGUCAGAAAGUGUCCCAUGCAACAAGCCACUGUCCCCGUCAGGACCCUGCAGGAUUAUCUCCUUGUUUAACCACCGGCGCAUUUGCUCUAUGGGAUUACUGACUGACGGACCCAUAACACGCAGCUGCUGUUAAAAACAAAACGGAUGUCAGUGUGGUGGUUAGAGAUGGGAGAGGUUUCAGGGCCUCUCUCCACUGUAGGAUGGUAGCCGACAGCACAGUGGAAGGCCAUGAGCGGACUGCCUUACCGAGCGCUUCACCAGCACCAUCAUCAUCAUCAUCAUCAUCAUCAUCAGCAGCAGCAGCAACCCCGACGCAAUCGGAGCAGCUCCAGCGUCAGGCCGGUCCAAAUCCGAGCCUGAAGUCCGCGUCCGCCCGCUCUGUGUACCUAACUCACUUCCCGACGUUCACCUCCAAGGAGGACUGCAACAUCAUCACUGACACAGCCGCCAAGCUCGAGCGCAGCGGCUUCUACUGGGGCCCGCUGGGAGUGGAGGAGGCCCACCGCAUGCUCCGCAACGCCCCGCUGGGCAGCUACCUUAUCCGCGACAGCCGGCAGAAGGACGUCUUCUUCACCCUGUCCUAUCACGACAAGAAAGGACCCGUCAGCGUGCGCAUCGACUACAAGCAGCAGAAGUUCUCUCUGGCCGGCAACCAACGCUCCUUCCCGACGCUCUUUGCACUCUUGGAGUAUUACAUGAACACACCCAAGAGGAGCCUAAAGGUCCCGUACAGGAAAUGGGAGCCCACGCUGCAGGAGCUGUGCAGGAGACAAAUCGUAGCGUUGUGCGGAGGAAAGAUCCCGGAGCUGCCGGUCACACAUGUGGUCCAAGAUUUCCUGUUGGACUUCCCUUACAAACUGUAAACAGUCUGCCAUUUAACUUCUUGGCUGUAUUGUUCACAAUUGCAAGGUGGCAGCUUUUACCAAGUAACGGUACCGCAAUCGGGCUCACGAAGCCUUUGCGUCACAGAUCCAGGGGAGAGACGAUAUGGUUACAAAUGACAUCGGCAAACUCUUUUUGGACGAAGAACUGUGAAAUGCUCAUAAAGAACCACAACAGCCAAAGGCGAGCACAGGGAGCCUGCGGUUGGACAUUAAUCUUUCACGACAUUUCAGCAUCUACCUCUAGAGACUCGACACCGAGUGGCACAUGGACGGAGCAUCCUUUGGUGACGAGGAAGUAUAGGAAGUUGAAAAGUGCUGCAUUAAAAGAAAACAACACGCGCCUAGGAGCUUCCACCGAGAUGAAAGUACCGGUGAGGAUAACUCAAAGAGCUCACAAGUGUUGCCGGAGGACUUUAAGGGAAUGGACUUGGAAAUAUUUAGAGUCACAGUGGAGGGUGCGGUUGAAGCGUCACACGCAGAUUUGUAGCAGAUUUAAAUACUCUAAUAUCAAAAAAGUUUACAUCGCCCUCGACUGUUUUGUCAGCGGCGAAGGCUUGAACACCACUCAGUGUCUUGGUAAAAAUCUGACAUGAAUGAAAUCCUGUCAGUCAGAGCUGGAGACAUGAUGAAUCUUUGUACUGUACAAAGGGGCCUGUCACCUCUUAUUUACAUGCCUCUACCAAGCCGAUUUUUUUUKAUUCAGCUUGUUUUAUAGAAUCUAUUUAGUAUUUUCUAUACUUGUGCACUGUUUUCUAAGAUGUUUGAAAUAAACUAUAUUUAAGUGAA